CUAUAGUAUUCCAAAUAAAUGAUCUGCCCAUGGCUCUCCACGCGAAGACGCACUCAUGGGCGGGCAGCUUUGAUUCGGAUUGAGAAUUACUUUAGAUGAAAGGUAAUCGUGGUGUCUCAUUUUGAAAGCGGAAGGUAUUUAUAUAUUUAUGCCUCAUUUUCGAGUUCGACGGCCGCAACUCGUUCAAAAUAUCAAUAUCCACCUGGCGGAUGGACCACAAUACACCAAGCCCUAACCCUCCUGGUAGGGGUUCGAGUCCCCGCAGAUCUUAGCAAAAACGUAUCCUCUAUACUUAAGUAUGGACAGUAUGGGAAAAGGGAGUGGAUUUUAAUUUAUUUUUUUUCGAGCGAGUCUCUGCUUGUGUUGGCACAGAAGGUAUUUUUAUUUGAGAGUUUUUGUUUUGAGUUUUUGACCAUGCGAAUUCGAACAUGUGGCGCAAGCUUGCGAUUCCGAACAAAAGAAUAAAAGUCCGUGCAGUCAAUGUUUUGAAAAAGAAUCGCGAAUCUCAAGAAUUUCUCAUCGUUGAUUCCAACGUGCGACCUUCUCAGAAAAAAAUCACUUACAAUGUUGAUAGAUUGACUUGCCUAGCAAUCAUUAAAUGGUCAUGGCCUAGGCCCGGCAACCAGACCAAGGGAGAGGACGACACGCAGUUCCCAUUCCACAACCACAUUGCGAAAGAAAAGAGAGUUGCGCUGAUGAGAGUUUAUCUGAUGUUGUAUGCUUCAAUUUAAGUAUUCCGAUUGUGUGCCAGCAGCACCCGCUCGCAUGUCCAACCAGAGCAGGCGUUUUUCGCAAAACCUUUCUACUAGAGCCUAUAAGGCAACAUGAGCAAAAGCAAAGUUUAACAGA